AUGGACGACGAGGGCCCCAAGUGGCGCCUAGAACAUGCAGAUAACAACUCAGCAAUCUGUCAGCAAGCAGCCUGUAAGCGGAACAAAUCAAAAAUUGUCAAAGGUGAACUGCGUAUCGGCACGCAUACACUGUUCAAUGAUGGCGUGCAAAGCCGAUGGUACAUGGCCUGGCGUCAUUGGGGAUGUGCAACGAAGCAUCAAAUCGCGGGAUUGAAGGAGACUACCGAGAACGACCCAACUAAAGCACCUGGCUAUGAUCGACUCAGCCCUGAAAGCCAAGAGCAGGUGAGACUAGCAUUCGAGGAGGGUAUGCCCGUAGAUAAGGGGUUCAAGGAUAUUCGUGAGGACUUGGCGAAAACCUCGCGCAAGUACGCGAAAGAGUAUACGGACGCAGAGGGCUACAAAGCUGACGUCGCCACUCGCGCUGCAGCUUGCCGUGGAGGCGACUGCGUAUCGGAUAACAUUAAGAUCACCAAGGGUCACCUGAGACUUGGUAUCUUGGUCAAUUUUGACGGUGAACAUACCUCAACGUACUACAAGCACUGGAAGUGCAUGUCUGAAUACGACUUGGCAAGCGCACAGAUGUGUUACGAAAAGGGUUUUUUUUAUGGAAUCGAUAAUAUCCCCGAAGAGCUCAAGGAAGUGGUAUUGAAAACGUUCGAGACGGGCGAGGUCGUGGAGCCGCCAGAACCUCAGAUCGUGCCACCGAAGACGAAGGCAAAGCCAAAGUCGAAGACGUCUCGUAGCAAGAAGACCAAAGUCAAGCCGGAGCUUACUGUCAGU